CUGUACGUGCGACGCUCGUAGCCAUGGAAGAGAAAAGAGGGGCUUCGUCGGUUACAUUGGUAGCAUCUGGAAAGCCGGCCUCACUCAUAUUAAAGGAGAGAACAGACUCCGUCCGAAAAAAAGACAGAGGACGCUCCACACUCCCCCCAAAAAACGCAAUAACUUCGUCAAGCUUUACAGACAAUGCUGCAGAAGACAGGAAUACUCAUCCUUUUCGCAUUGCUCGCGUCCGCCUAUGAGAUUGACCAAAACGAGUCGCUAGCACCUAGGAAAGCCCGAGUCGCUGUUCACAGCUCAGUUGAAGUUGUUCGAUGCUUGAACAAUGCACUUCAGGUUGGCUGCGGCGCUUUUGCAUGCCUGGAAAACUCCACUUGUGACACAGAUGGAAUGCAUGAUAUCUGCAAGUCCUUCCUCUUCAGUGCUGCUAAAUUUGACACUCAGGGCAAGGCUUUUGUUAAAGAAAGCCUGAAGUGCAUCGCCAAUGGCAUAACGUCUAAGUUGUUUCUCACCAUCCGGAGGUGUGCAACCUUCCAGAGGAUGAUUUCAGAAGUACAAGAAGAGUGUUACAACAAGCUAGACAUCUGUAGCAUUGCCAAAAGUAACCCAGAGGCCAUCACUGAAGUUAUACAGCUACCAAACCACUUCACCAACAGAUAUUACAGCAAACUUCUCCGAAGCCUUAUGGAGUGUGAUGAGGAAACAGUCACCGUCAUCCGGAACAGUCUAAUGUCCAAGCUUGGACCCGAUAUGGCCAAUCUUUUCCAACUGCUUCAGAGCGACCGUUGUUCUAAUUCAUUCCAAAUGAGAGAAGAAGGGAACAGACGACGGCCAUCCGAGCCACAGAAACUGAAACUCUACUUCAGGAAUCUCCGGGGUGAAGGGACUGCUCCAUUCUCCAUGAAGCGAACCUCUGGGGAAAGUUCAUAGUUUAAAAGCGAAAAGGCAGAUUAACAAAAAAAAAACAAGAAAAGAAAACAAAAUGAAAAACAAAAACCAGUGUUCAAUGGGGUAUAUAAGGAUUUAAACUUUUACCAAAGUUGGAAAUCUGAUAUAUUACAUUUAGCUAAGAAGUAUUUGGUUAGCAAAAAGAACACACAUUGUUAUGAAGCACUAUUUAUAACAGAAAACAUCUAAAAAAUAUCAGCUUGUGUUAACACCAUUCAGGUAACUCUUGAUAUUAUUGAUUUGAUAGAUGAUCAGAAUGAUAUAAGAGCCACCUUUUUGUUCACUUUGGGCAAACUGUGUUAGUUAAAGUGGAAAACAGACUUCUUUCAAAGAUAUUAUGCUUUUGCAUUCAAGAGAUAUGAAUUACUUAUUAAUAACAAUAAGUAACAUCAGACCAUAAAUGUUCACAUGCAAUGUAUGUAACCACUAGAGUGAAACUUGAGUAAUCAUAAAUCUCUGGGAUAUAGAACUGAAAAGGAAAAAGAACUGGUGUUAAAAUUAUAUUUUUCCUUUGCGCUAGUGAAUGCAAUACAAAUCAGAGAGACAUAGCCAAACCCGAAGUCCUUACAUUUUGUUUUAUUUUUGUUUUUUUUGUUUUUUUUAACUGAUCACAGCUGCCUAACAUUCCUCUUACUAUGAAACCCCUCUGCAGGAGUUACGAUGAAAAUCAAUGUAAUGGACCAACAGAAUUUUUAAUGUGUAUUUAAAUUUAAAAAUUGCACUCCAUGCCAUGUCUGACUUUAAUACAGAUUGAUCGUUACUGCCAUUUUUAAGUAUAGGGCUGCAUGAUGACGAGUAUUCAGUUUAGCAUGUUAUACUACGGUUGAUAAAUCCUAACUCACAAUUCUGAUCUCAAGCUUUUCGUCUCCUUUUUUUUUUUUUCCCGAGCUUAACAGUUUUCACAGACACUAACCAUAUACCAUGUAACACAGUAAUUACACUGAGACAGAGAAAGUUGUGAAAUCAUAGCUGAGGAUUUGCUUAGAUGCAAAGACAUUCAUUUUCUAAUUGUAGGUGUACAAGUGCAACAUUGUUUUUUUGUUUGUUGUUGUUGUUUAAAAAUAGUUCUUAAAAAGCAUUUACAGCUGUCCCACAUGCAGAUAUCUACUGCUUUGUGUCUCUGUUCUCAGAACUGGAGGUUUGACACCAAACAUCUCUCAUUCUUUCCUUUUCUCUCUUUUUAUUUCAAUGUAUGUUCUGAGACAUGAGCUGUAGCUAUUUAUAACUCUUUAUUUGUUAUAUUAUUUUAUUUAUUUGCCUAUCCAUUGAUUCUAUUUUAUUUAAUAUAUUCUUAAGUAAUUUUAUAACAUAUUAAGGAUAGAAUUGUCACAAUUGCUCUUGUUUCCAGUGUAUUGCACUGGAAAAUAUAAUAAUUGUAAUAGCUGGUGUCCCGGCUUCCAUAGGGCUUUCUGUUUUAGUAACUUGUAAUUAUGACAUAUAAAAAGCAUCAUUAUAUAGCAGCUCUAAGUCAAAUCCUGGAAGAUAGUAACUCUUUAUAGAAUAUAUUGCUGUCAUUUAUUAGAUACAGAUGUGAAGAUUUCAAAGAUUCAUAGCCCGGUGAUAUUAUAGCUAAUGACAAAACACACAUAAUGAAGUUCUCCAUUCCAUUUUACCCAGUGACUAGGUAUAAUCCUUGUAAUGACUCUGUGCUGGCCAUAGAAGAACAAGUGCAUUGUUAUAGCUCUGGGACAUACAUAUUUAGCUAAAUAUAGGAGCCUUCUAUGUAAAGAAAAUAAUAAAAUCAGAAUAAAUUAGAACAGAAGCUUUAAAUUAAUAAAACAUUAUCUGAAAGCUAUGCUUUAAUGGCUUGUAAAUAUGAAAUGGCACAGCCAGUUCAGUAGUGAUGUAGCUUUUGUUGUCAGGAAUGAGAGUGAAAAAUUACGCGCUGAUGUUGGUGAUGAGGAGCAGUAUUCAGAUUUAAUUUUUUUACUUCUGAAUUCACAGAUGACUUUUGCAGAAUGUUUUACUACUUUCAUCCACCAGAAUUCUCAUACAUGUUUCCCGAACAAUUGCAGAUAUUUUAUUACAGAGUUAAAUUACAAAAAAUGAUGUAAAAAAGAUACUAUGAGUUUAAUAUUCCAUGUUAUUUUCUUCAGAUUAUCGUAACCAUGUAUUUUUUAUAUAACAUUUGCAUGACAACAAUUAUUUGUGAAAAUGUUGGUUAAUGAAUAGCUAUUAUUUAAAUGUUUGUUUUCUAACGUAAGCAAAGCAAACAUGUCUAUUCACCCAUUUUCUGAACUUGCUUACUUCAGGUCAGACUGAUAAAGGCAGCAUUAGGGCACCAGUCAGGAAUAAACCGUGAACCUGACACCAGUCCAUCGAAGGGCAUAUUUACUCAUUGUUGGGUCAACUGUUGUCUUUUAGUCUAACCCACACAUUUUUGGGAUGUGAGAAACAAAUGAAUAUCUUGGGAAAAAAAUCCAUACAAAUAUGGGAACAACAUGCAAACUUCACACAGAUGGUGGCACCACUAACCACUGCACCACCCAAUGAAAAAUGUGAUUUAAGAUUUUUUAAACUACAACAGCACAGGAUCUGUAAAAAAUGCACUUACUUGAUAAGAAAUUUCAGUUUUACAUUUUGUCUUUAAAUGGUUGGCUUCUAAGAACAUAUUUCAUUGCAUAACAAUGCCAUUUUAAGCUUGCAUGUUCUUUUUAUAUGUGCAUGUAUUCUCCAAAAACAUGCCAAUUUGCAUCUAGGAAACAUGAAGUGAAAAGAAUUUGCAGCUAUACCUCAGUCACUUUCAUGUGAGUUGGAAGGUAGAAGUUAAUUUGGAAAGAAAAUUUCAUACCUUCUAGUCACACUUUUACUAGGCUGUCUAGCUUUUUUGUAAUAGACGAAAAGCAAUAUAAAUUUCCCAUCUGCAUCCAUCAGUUUGGAUGAAAAUUCUAAAAUCUUGCGUAAAAGCCAUUCUUUUAGUCAGCAUUCAUUGAAGAAAUAGUCCUUUCAUGUGCAAUGCUUCAUUUAAUUUACCUGCUUAUUUUGGUCAGGGUCAAUGAACAAGUUGUAUGUGUGGCAGAAACCAUCCAUCAAUAUAAUAUUAGUCCUUUCAUACACAAUAAGCAUACACAGGAAACACUCAUGUGGAUUGAGGUAAAUUUCAGUUACCAACCACCCUGAUAUUAUGUCAUUAAACUGAGAAACCAAGUCACUGGGGAAAAACUUUCACAAAUCCUCAGAGAACAUGUAAACUCCUCAAAAAUGCUAACACGGCACAAAAUCUAAGUAGGGUCUUAGUGGUGGUGUAGUAAAGAUUAUCAUUUUACAGGCUGAGUUCACUCUUGAUUUUAAGAUGGCACAAAUGCGUGUGAGUUUUUAUCUGAAACACACACACACAUGCCCACCAUUUCUAUCCAAAGCUGCCACGACUUGGAUAAGGCCUGUCUAUUGAAUGUUUAAUGUGUUCAUGUACUAUGGGAUUUAUAAGCGUCCCAGUGGGAAGUUUCUUGAUAAUAGCUCUCUCUAGGGAAAAUAUGAAAAUAAUUUUCAUUACCCUGAAUUCUGAAUAGUGCGAACAUCUCACUCCAUUUCAUUAUAUGAAGUAAAUUGAAUAAAAUAAUAAUCAGCUCAGUCUGAAAUGGGAGAUAGUGGUUUAGUCUUUAACUGGUUUUGUAUAAAUUGAUUCACAAAUCAACUGUGAACUCAUUAAGGUGUGAUAUCACUAGUGACAACUCCGACAAUUCCCAUAGUACAUGAACAUCGCAAGCAUGGCUUUUCCACUGCACAUAAGUAAUGCACUGCACUCUAGCUGAAAUUAAAGUCUGGCUACAUGUAACAAUAAGAUGGCAGCACAACCAGUCAAGCAGGUGUCCCUCUACUUCACAAAUAGAAGUUUUAUGUUUCAUGUUUGUCAAGCAGAUUUGUUCUGUAAACCCAUUUGUGGCACAAGGUAUAUGGAACACAAAAGGUAUUUCUUGCAAAAUAUCAAGCUGAUCCGCUGAAACUCACUACAAGAGCAAGGAUCUGUCAGUAUAUUUUAAAGACAGGAAAGGCCACCAGCAUGAUGAAGUCAAACCUUGUGAGGUGUGAAAAGGGAUUUUUGUAUUCUGCAGUCCAUCCAGUGUCACCUGCACUAAAUAAUAAAAAAGAAACAUCCAUCUAAUGUUAGGCUGCCCUCUCGCCACCAUAUCAAGAAUUCUGUCUGUAAUCUGAUGUUCUCCGGUUAAUAUCGGUAUGCAUCAUGAUAACAACAACAUUAAUACAAAGAGGUCUAACAUGCAAAAACAAUGGACAUAAAGUAUGAUGUUGGGUAAAAGUGGGUCUGCUUUAUGGGGAAUAGGGAUUAAAAUGUCUUCUAUGUCUAUGAACUACAUGAACUACAAUGAUAUGUCAUGAGACUGCACUGUUGCUGCUAUCCCAACAAGUAAGACGGCUGUCUUGAAUGUAGCAAAUCUCCAAAUGUUGUACUUUAUAACUUACAAAAAAUUCUAAUCACAUUUAAAUGUAUAUUAUUUUCUAAUCAAGUAUCGAGAUUGUAAUCUUUGUCAUUUUAACCCUUUAAAAAGCACAAAUCAAUCAAUCCCAAUGCCAUCCCUGUUUGUCAAUAUUUUGUGAACAGGUAAAUGGAAAGCAUCAUAAUAACUGUAGUUUCGACUUUCAUAUUCUGUUUUUAAGUAGAAUCCAGAGUCUAUGUGAUUUUCUGUGAGCAGCACACAUGUACAUCUUUGAACAAGUUUGUUUGUAUGUAAAGGGAUAGAGGCAAUAAGAGUUGUACAUUUUGAAACACUAUGUGCCAACAAACCUAAAAUUAAUUUUUU